AUUGAGCAUUGGAAUGAGUUGCCCCCUCCUUCCCCUGCUGAGAAAAGUCAAAGGAAGGUGAACUACGAAGUGAACGUUUUUCCCCAAAGUGAUAGUAUUUUCUUGGCUCAACAGACUUGCUAUGACGACUGGGCUAUAGGGAGUUUGGAAUAUAAUGGAGAAAGGCCCUAACAUGGCAUUGGUCUUCAGCUUGUCCACUCUCAUGUUUCUCCUCAUCACUGGGAUGGAGACAUCCAAUAGUCUAAACCAGCGCUCAGAGUUGAAGCAGGUCAUCCAGGUGGAAUCUGGGAAGGAUGCAGUCCUAGACUGCUCUGUGAAGUUCAGUGAGGAAUCCCCUGGUAAUGUAAACAUAAAGCAGGUCGUGUUGUGGAGGCUGGACCAGAAUGGGGAUCACAAAGGUGAACCUGUGUUCAUAUAUAAAUACAAUAAUCAACCCUCUGAACCCGGGAUGCCGCUGAACCCAAAAUAUCAGCUUUCCAUGCCACCUGCCAAUGAGAAAGACAAAGUUGUGUCCCUGUUGGUUAAAGAAACCCAGCCUGAAGAAGAGGGGUAUGAGUGUGUGGUGAACACUGACAGUGGAAACACAAAUUGUAACUUCAUGCUGAAGUUCACAGAAAAUGCUGCGAAUCAAAAGGAAAUUCCAAAGAACAGUUACACGAAUGUGGCUGCUGUAUUUGUGGUAGUAGGCUCUCUUGCCAUUGGACUGCUGCUUCUCAAGCUGUUUCAAGCCAGAAGACUCAGACAGCAUGAACCCUUGAUACAAGAGGCCUCUGUUGUGCCAGAAGCUCCACCAACCACCGGGAUGCCCAACACAAGAACAUUACAGGCAUUCCCAUGGUUGGCAGGCUGCAUCACAUCCGGCCCUGAUUGGGAGUCCCAUAGGGCGGCGCACAAUUGGCCCAGUGUCGUCCGGGUUUGGCUGGGUCCCAGCAGAGCACGACUCCAGCACCAGGACAGGACUGUUUCCGUAGCGACAGAUGUAUUAUCCGGAGUGUUAUGGGCUCUCUUCCCUGUCGGUAUCAUGUUUGCUCUGUCUCUCACGCCACACAGCUAACUGAAUGUUAAUGCUUUGCCUGGAAGAGAGAACAAUCUGGUUCAACACUAUUCUGUUCCCCCUCUGCAGGAGAAAUGGAGUGCAUGCAUUAUCCUGCUACCAAGCUAAGUGUUAACAGCAUUGUCUGUAGUUGUUAAUCACACCAGACUAUUCUUUCAUAUAUUGUUUUAUAUAUUGUAACUAAAACCUGAAAUGUGUCUAUCGAAUGCACAUAUUUAGUGGACAUUGAUUUGACAGUGAAGACACUAGUGUGAUAUAGUAGCAGUGUGUGAAAUUGAUCUUGACAGAACACAUUUAUUUUGUGCAUCACAAUUUGAAUAAGUCAUUUAUUCAGAAGCCAAUAUUGUGUUUUAGUUGAUUUCAGAGUUGCUUCAGUUGACAAAUGCCUCAGUGUUGCAUUAGGCCAUGUUUUUUAUUGUUACAAAGUAGGAUUCAAAUUUUUUGAUUUGUCUUUUUUUUCUGUCAACAAUCUGCAUAAAAUACUCCACGUUGAAAUGAGCCCUUUUGAACAUAUGGACACCAGUCCUACGUCGUCGGGAACUAAAGUUAAUUUUGUUAGGUUGUAGUUGAUAUUAGCCCUUUUGAACAUAUGGACACCAGUCCUACGUCGUCGGGAACUAAAGUUAAUUUUGUUAGGUUGUAGUUGAUAUUAGCCCUUUUAAACGUCUGGACAUCAGUCCUCAGGUCAUCGGGAACCCAAGGUUAACUUUCGUCAACGGGCUUUUGUAGCGGUGGAGAGGCGUGUUUCAUAUUUCUCAACCAAUGUCUGUUCACUUGGGCAUGGCCACUGAGUGACCAUAGUUUACUUUAUGAAAACAAUUCUCUCAUUUAGAAGCUAAAAUUACAUUUCAAAUUUUCACAAAUAGUUUCAUAUUUAAAAAUGUAAGUUGCACAAGAAUUCCAUGUGAAUCUGAUAACUAGAAUGUGUAGACUUUCCAAGAUACAAUUUAUGUCGUCCUAUCAUCAGGUAUAAUGUCCUAGACAACAACUGAUCUGACAUCAUAUUCUUUAAGUACCAACGGACACUUUCAACUGGUUGGAUUACAGAAAGAUAGUUUUUUUCCCCCAACUUUUUGAUGUUACAUUACUCUCUCUAUGUUAACAAAGGGCUUUCCAAGAAUCCAUUCUGUAGAGUGGAGAGAAAAAGGGGGAAAGGUAUUUAUGGGGGUCAUAAACCUCCCCCAGCAGUGCACCGUCAAUAUUAUUAAUGUGAGCUCUCCAUGUACAUUUAAGGGCUAGUCGUGCUGCUCUGUUAUGAGCCAAUUGUAAUAUUCCAAGGUUCCUCUUUGUGGCACCUGACAACACGACUGAACACUUGUCCAGGAGCGACAAAACUAGUGCCUGUAGGACCUGACCUAUCUUGUCCACACCAAUGUGUCCCAAAAACUGGAUCUGUGUCACCAAGUAGGGCAAGAGUGCAUUUGGCGCUACACAUCUCAGAUUGUAUUUCCACACACCUUCUUGAUUGAGUUUGCAUCUUGCAGCCAUCCAUUCUGACACUUCAUCUUUUGGUGCACUGAUUUGCAUAUCUCUGUGUUAUAAUGUAUCCAAGGUGUAUCUCCUAAUCAGUUUAGGUGACAGAGGUGUUCCCUUGGCAGCUGCCUUGGCAGCCAAAUCAUUACCUUUAUUCUCGUCUGUAAUAAAGGUAAAAAAUGUUAUACAUUAAAAUGCAAAUCAAUGUAUAA